AUGCAGGAAAAGGGAGUUUUUUUUAUAUUUUGUCAAAAUUAUUUCACGCGCUUCCUAUUAAUACCCCCUUUUCUAUUUCUCUCUCUCUCUCUCUCUCUCUUUCUUUUUUUUUCUUUCUUUCUCUCGUUCUCUCGCUAUCUUUUUCUCGUUCUGUCAUUCACUUUAUCUCUCUUUCAUACAUGCUCCCUCUCUCAUAAACUUUCCGUCAUUCACUUUCUCUUUCCUUCCAUCUCAUUCUUCUUCGCUUUCUUUGUCUCAUUCAUUCUCUCUCUGUCUCCCUGUCUCUCUCUCUCUCUCUCUCUCUCUCUCUCUCAUUCAUUCACGCCUUCUAUUUCUUUUUCUCUCUCAUUCACUUUCUCUCUUCCAUCACAUUCUCUUUCUUUUUCCUUCUCAUUCAUUCUCUCUCACAACUGUUUUCUCAUUCUGUCAUUCACUCACUCUUUCUCUCUUAUUCACUUUCUCUCAUUCAUUUUCUCUCUCUCAUUCUCUCAGUCACUUUCUCUCUCGCAUACACACACAUACAUUCUCUCUCUCUCUCUCUCUCUCUCUCUCUCUCUCUCUCUCAUACCCUUUCUUUGUCAUUCACUUAUUCUUUCUACCGCAUUCUCUCUCGCUUUCUUUCUCUCAUUCAUUUUCUCUCUCUUUCAUUAUUUCGCGUUUUCUAUCUCUUUCUCUCCCAUUCUCAGUUGA